AUGGUACACGUUCACAUACCAGAGGAAAUUAUUGUUGAGAUACUCUCUAGACUGCCGGUGAAAUCGAUUUUGAAAUUCAAGUUGGUUUGCAAGUUAUGGAACUCUUUGCUAUCCGAUCCUCGAUUCAGUUUGGCGACUAAAGGUAGAGAGCACGCGAUCUUCUGGUGUAGUGGCAAAAGAUGUUUUAGUUCUUUAGACCAUCAGUAUGCAAUCCGAGAGAUUCCUAGGCAAUGUUGGGAUCAACGGCAUUUAGAUUUUCUGGGAUCUUGUAACGGUUUGGUGCUCUUCAGUACUUAUGAUACUAGUUACGACUGCUAUAGUUGUUGUUACUUCUAUCUUUUGAACCCAUCAACAAGAUCUUUUAGAGGUUUGAUCAGCUUUAGCAGCAGGAUGUUGUAUGGUGAAAACCGUAUUACUGAUUAUCCAGUGGCCUAUGGAUUUUGCUUCGACAAGUUGUCAGAUGAUUACAAAGCAAUAAUGGUGUAUUAUUCUUUAUCGUUUCCUUCUCAAAGGGCUCUUGUUUUUAGCUUGAAGAGGGGAACAACUCUAAGAGAAGUCAGUCUCCCCUACAGGCUUAGGGGAACAGGGGUUUUAGCCAACGGUAAUUUACAUUGGAUAGAUGAAAAUAAUCAGGAGAUCAUUGACGGUGACUUGAUUGUUUGUUUUGAUGAAGCCACUAACAGAUUUAGCAAAUUACCCCCGCCAGCAGUGGUACGUGGUGGGAAUGAGCCUAUUUACAGGCUGGGAGUUUUGGACGGAUGCCUUUGCAUGUCUAGAUAUACCGCUGGAGGUUAUACAUUCAAGUGCGAGCUUUUUGUUAUGCGAGAAUAUGGUGUGAAGGAAUCUUGGGCUACUUUGUGCGCUAUAUCUGGUGGAGCGAAUUUGAGAAGUGUGAGGGGGUGGGAGCCUCUCUUCUUCACCAAGUCCGGCGAGGAGUUAUUGAUCUCAGGCUCUUAUAGUAUAUUGGCUUACAAUGUACAAACCAAGUCACUCAAGGAAAUUCACACAUAUUCUGGCCGGGCAUCCUUUGUUGGUCCUCUUAGGUAUGUGGAAAGUCUGAUACCCGCUGGGAAAUUUUGA